CGCAGCUGUCCGCUUUUAGAUGUUCCAUCUCUAAGCCUCGGGUCGCAAGCUGGAAAGAAGGUAUGGAAGAAUUAUGAAUGUUUUUUUCCUUUCUUUUUUUUGUAGAUUGAGUACAGCACAGAAGAAGAAAAGUGGUUAAAUUUCCGCUUCGGGAUACCAGAAAAGGAUAACACGAAUGAUUACGCCGUUCGGCUCCGCUGGUAUGGUGUCAAACCCCGUCGUGACAACGAGCUGGCAUUGAAAAUCUUCCGAUACGAGAAACAGCUUGCGUACAUAGCCAGAACAACAAUUUUGCGGAAUGCCACCAACCAGCUAAUGGCCAUUGGUAGGCUCGGUGCAUAUACAGAUCCAUACGUCACUGCAGACCAAUGGGGCAACUUUUUUUCAAAGUACACCAACAAUACCUAUCGGGGAGUGGACUCCAUUGUGCUUCAAAUCCACGUGGUGAAGAUGCUGGAGAAGCUCCUCAAUGACACGUCCGUGGGCCAGGAUGGGCUGCGACACCUGGUGGCUUGGAGCGUCUACACGCAGCUGGUGGAAUACACGGUGCCAGAGUUGCUGGUUGGCCACAGGAAAAGCAAAGACGUUUGCUACGAACACGUUGGAAAGGCGAUGAAGCUGGCUAUGGUCAGCCCCUACCUCCAGUGGGUCAAGCCGUAUAUGCUGGACCAGGUGAAGACCAUGUUGGGAAACAUCCGCAAUGGCUUCAGGGAUGCUUUCAAGUUUUCAACCUGGGUCAAGGAAGGAGUUCGUGAAACCGCCCUUCGCAAGCUAGCCAAAAUGAAGGCCUACGUGGGAAGCCCAGGACUACGCCUUGACGCAACCUUCGUGGAAGAGCUUUAUAGUUAGUACUUUUAUAGAGUGUUUGUAUAGAGUUGAUAAAACGUAUAUACAUACUUUUUGUAAGCCAAUAUCAUAUUUGCAAGCGUCGGUAUCAGUGUAGUGUAUCUUAUCUGUAACCUAUAUUACAAUCUAAGAAUCUAAGGUAUCAGCCGCUAAAUCGAAUAAGUAGAAAGUGUAGUGACUAAAUAUAUUAAAUUAAAUUUCCGCGGAGUACUAUGCGUCGUUUACUGCGAUGUCAUAAACAAGAGGCACACUAGCCAAGUAAAAUAUUGCAUGCGUUCUAUUGUUACACUUAAGAGUGAUCGAAGUUGUAAAAGAGAGUUCAUGCCAUGACUAUUC